UAUUUCAUUUAUAAGAGGCAUUUAUAAUUUUCAUUAAAAGCAUUUUCUUUAUACUUUGACGAAAGCAUUUAUUGGAAUUGAAACAAAAUCAAAAUGGACAACUGGAGGCAAAUUUUCACUCUUGAAAUUUCUUUACUUUUGAUUUUUAUUGUCACACCAAUUUUUGCUCAAGAUGAAUGCGAUAAAACAAAAUGUCCCGGUCCAUUGAGGUUUUACGAGGAAAUCAAGUGUAAGCCGAUUUAUAAAAAUCCCGGUGAUUGUUGUGCAAUGAAAUAUGAUUGUUCUCACAUGGAAGAGAGAUUCAAGUCAAAAAAGUGCUAUGUACAUGACAAUGUUUAUGAGAUUCGUGAAAAAUUGAAGGAGGAAGAUUCAUUACCUUGUAACCGUGAAUGUAUUUGUAUGGAACAUUUUUCUGAUUCAGCUGAAUUCACGUGUGCCGUUGAGGACUGUUUUGCACCACCACCUAAGAAAGGAUGUUAUCGGGAACAUUUACCAGAAGACUGUUGUCCGGGUCGAGAAAUUUGUCCUUCAAAUCCUGCCACUUGUGUCGUCGAUGGAAAAACAUUAACCGAAGGUGAUUAUUUUAAACCAAAAGACAAGCCAAAUGUCUCAUGUUACUGCAAACCUGGAUAUACAGGUGAAAAUAUUGAACCCUUCUGCCAUGAACCAAAUAAAAAAUCAUGUGGACUUGAGCUGAGAAGUAGUUUUGAAUUAAAAAAUAAGUGUGCACCAAUUUAUCAUGAAUCACCUCCGCAAACUUCUUGCAAUCAUUUCUUCCGCUGUCCUGACGAAAACGAUAAACGUAUUCCAUCUGCAACGAAAACUGAGAAUACUUCCACCGAUGAAUCUGAUACAUGCAAAUUUGGCAAAAUUGUCAUGCACAUUGGAGACGAAAUUAAUCCAAAAACUGACGAUAUGUACAAAUGCGUGAAAUGCAAAUGUGAAGUACCACCAACUCCAACGUGUCAACAAAUUUCCGACAAAGAAUGUGAUAAGUUGUAAAUUAAUUAAUUUUCUUUUUAAAUAUUUUACUUUUUUAAUUCGCAAAUUUCUUUGAAAAUUAGAAAAAAAAAUUAAA